GAAAAUAAUCUGAAUUUAAAUAAAAUAAAGAUGACGACAAAAUCUUUAGUGUCAUAUUACAAGAUAUUUCUAAAACCCGUUGUCCGCAUUAUUAUUGUCGUUCUCUCGGCCACGUUAUCUUUUCCAAGGAAAUUCUCAAAUCUCAAGCAUUCAACUGCAAGCUUGUCCUCUUCGGAUUCAUGCUGGUUGCUGGAAACACGCUCAACCAUGUUUACAUUCAACCAAGAAGCUAUAGGCCCAGAUGGAUAGCAGCAAAGAGUUCUUCAAGUGAUGUUUCUAUCCAGAAAUGGAAACGUGAUGGUGUUUACAUUGACAAACGAGGCAAAUUGAGGACCUUUAAUCACAAAAAACUAUCCAGGAAACGAUGUGGUUCUUUAAGAGGUCAGGGAUGGAAAUAUGGUUCUGGUUUUGUGGAUGGAGUUUUCCCUGUUUUGAGCCCCAUUGCUCAGCAGAUUCUGGAUUUUCUCCAGGAGGAGUUCGAUGCCGAUAGGAUUCGGGGUUCACUCGAUAAUCUUCCUCCCACUCAUGCUAAUUGGGAUGAUCUUAUCAAUGUAGCUGUUCAACUCCGUUUAAACAAAAAAUGGGAUCCAAUUGUGCUGCUUUGUGAAUGGAUAUUGCAAAGGAGCUCCUUUCAGCUGGAUGUUAUGUGCUUCAAUCUGCUGCUAGAAGCUUAUGGGCAGAAAUCUUUGCACAAAAAGGUCGAAUCUACGUACUUGGAACUUCUCGAAGCUCGAUGUAUACCGACGGAAGAUACUUAUGCCCUUCUUGUCAAGGCCUACUGCAAAGCCGGGCUGAAACAGAAAGCCGAAGCUGUCUUUGCCGAGAUGAGAAAGGAUGGUCUCUCCCCAAGUGCAAUUGUUUACAAUACUUAUAUUGAUGGGUUGAUGAAGGGAGGAAACUCCCAAAAGGCUAUAGAAGUCUUUCAGAGGAUGAAGAGAGAAGGAUGUCAACCGAAUACCGAAACUUACACGCUGAUGAUCAACUUAUAUGGGAAGGCAAGUAAAUCUUAUAUGGCCUUGAAAUUAUUUGAUGAAAUGAGAAGUCAAAAGUGUAAACCGAACAUCUGCACAUACACGGCUCUGGUGAAUGCUUUCGCCAGGGAGGGACUCUGUGAGAAGGCCGAAGAGAUUUUCGAACAGCUUCAAGAAGCUGGGCACGAGCCUGAUGUGUAUUCUUACAAUGCACUCAUGGAAGCUUACAGUCGUGCAGGUUAUCCGUACGGAGCGGCAGAAGUUUUUUCACUCAUGCAGCACAUGGGGUGUGAACCAGACAGAGCAUCCUUUAAUAUCAUGGUUGAUGCAUAUGGUAGAGCUGGCCUUUAUGAGGACGCUGAAUCGGUAUUCGAAGAGAUGAAGAAGCUAGGAAUAACGCCGACGAUGAAAUCUCACAUGCUACUUCUCUCUGCCUACUCCAGAGUCGGCAAUGUAGCCAAGUGUGAGGAUAUUGUGAACCAAAUACAGGAGUCCGGACUUCAACCGGAUACCUUUGUCCUUAACAGUAUGUUGAACUUGUAUGGCAAGUUGGGUCAAUUUGAAAAUAUGGAGAAAGUUUUGACUGCAAUGGAAAAGGGGCCUUAUGAAGCUGAUAUUAGCACAUACAACAUUUUGAUCAAUGUUUACGGACGGGCUGGCUUUUUCGACCGAAUGGAAGAAUUGUUCGAAUCGCUUCCUGAGAAGAAUUUGACACCUGAUGUGGUAACCUGGACUUCACGGCUCGGAGCCUACUCUAGAAAGAAACUAUAUACAAGAUGCUUAGAGAUUUUCGAGGAAAUGAUCGACGCCGGCUGUUAUCCAGAUGGAGGAACUGCCAAGGUACUUCUCUCUGCAUGUUCUAGUGAAGAUCAGAUUGAGCAGGUUACAACCGUGAUUCGAACAAUGCACAAGGGCAUGAAGACUGUCUUGCCGAUUUGAUCGAAUACUUGCCUGUAAGUGAAUCACACCAAAUGUAUACAUAUAUGUAUUCACAGAAGUAAAUUGCUGUCUAUAUAUAUU